GUUGCAAGCAGCGCGUCUUAUUAGAUAGAUUAAAAGUGUUCAUUUUAAGUUCUUGAAUUAAUAACAUGGUAAUUACGGUGGAAAUAAGCAAGAUGUACAAAUACCCAUUUGAAGUCGUUGUAAAUAUACACUUAAAUAAGUAUCCAACUCCCCUUGAGGAACAUGUAACCGGAAUUAAAACUGUAGAAGAAAAAACAGACAACAUCUCAGGAAUUAUUUAUAGAAGGAAGAUAGCAACUUGCAACAAUGUGAUUCCCAAGUUCUUGAGAAAGAUCAACUUCUUGAAUGUUAACGAUGUCCAUAUAGAAGAGGAGUCCUGGCUGGAUAUGAAACAAAGAAUUCUGAAUAUCAAAAGCCGCUGCCUCACCUGGGCCCAAUACUCCACGUUUCAUGAAGUAUCGGUCUUCAAGCAGAGUGUAGAAAACCCAAACUGGACUGAAUUCCAUCAGAAAGGGAGCAUCGUUGUCACUGGUGCAGGGAAACUGAACCGGUUGUGUGAAGUAUUUGCUCAAGCGUUUUUUAACAAAGGAGUCAAAAAGAGUGUGAACAUAAUGGAGACCAUUCUAGAACAAAGAUGCGGCCGUCCCUUCUUGUAACAGCAUUCCUGUUGGAUGGAUAUCUUCUGCUUACCAGCAAUAGCAGCACUAAGAAGAGAAUGUGGCUUUUUACAGAAUAGGAUGAUACCUGUCAGACAAGCGCAUUUGAAAUGGACAGCUGCGAUUCACUGUGUUUCAAUAUAACUUUACACAUAUGCUGUUUCCUCAGGAUAACUUGUACAGCAUCUGUUUUUAUUUAUGGUCAAGCAUGCAUAUGCAGUAAGCAUUACAAUGUCAAAUGUUUAUAUGCGGAUUCAUUUUUAGGACCAAAUUGGUGUUUUUAUUUUCCCAAUUCUCAAACAUUUACAUAUGCUGAUUUAAAUUUUGAUGAUUGUUAAUAAUGUUGUCAUUAAUAAACUGGCAUAUUGGUGUAAUAUA